AUGAGCAUCAGUUUGGGACGCAAUGCGCCGUUGUCCCCAAUCUCUAUAGGCGGUAGCGACUACUCUGUUUCCAAGUACCAACCUGACGACGGCCCCUUUCCCAAUCCCAACGGUCGCUCCAAUCUUGCAUCGCCCCCGAAUUCGGGCGGCUCCAACGGCGCCAUGAGCAUGAACGGUUUUCCAAACCCUCCUAUGGGCGGCCCGGGUCCAGGACCAGGCCAAGGCCCUGGCCCAGGUCCUAGAAGCACUGGAGGACCAUCGCCGCCUGCUUCAAUUGCGCGAUCAAGUAACGGCACCCAGCUCUAUGCUCGCAGCGAAGGCCGUAACAGUGUCCGCGGCGACCUCGACGAGGCCGUUCUCAGUGAGCACUACGUCGCUCUGCGCAUCUUUCUUAACACCCGCGAUCCCAAUCACAAACAACAACCGAACAAAGCUCGCGACAAGCUUCUGCGCCUUUCCUCAGUUCAAUUUUAUGAGCUUAGUACCGAUGUUUUUGACGAAUUGAUAAGACGACAGGCCGCUGCUAGGGCGCCUCCGAAUGCACCAAAUGGCCCUCCUUCGUUCCUGAUGCCCGAGAAUAACUUCCACCCCAAGCGAAACCAGGCUCGUCAAAGACUAUCUUCCCUUGGCCCUCCACGAUUCCGAGACCUGGCUGCCGAUGUAUAUCACGAACUUGAACGUAGAUUCCCUCGCUUCGUGGGAGCCGACCUUGCUCGUACAGGAAGUCCCAUGUCCAUGAGAGGACCAGGCACUCCGAUCAACGGCAACUUCCCCCCAAGAGCUCAGAGCCGUAUGAGGAGACCUUCUGAUGCCCAGUCUAUGAGAGGACCUGGAGAUGGUUACGGAAUGCCAGCCUCUCCAGGUGGCCAGAAUGGCGAUUACGGACGUCCUACACCGAAACAGCUCAACCAGAAUAAUACAAUCGUUCCCAACAAAAGCAUUAUGCUUGAGGAAGACGACGAAGGUGAAGGAUACGCAGACCAGGACCCCAAUCGCGAGAGCAAGAGGAGUGUCGGCAGCGGUGUAAUGUCAGAGGCCGAUAGAAAAGCAUUGGAGGAUUCCCAGAACCAGGUACGAGAACUACAGGAGAAACUUGAGAGCAUGGAAGAUGCUUGGAAGAAGGAGAAGGAUGAGAUGAACGGCGCUUUGGACCAAGAACGUUCACGAGCUGCUGCUACCAACCUUGAGAAGCAAGAGUGGAGCGAUUUACGACUCAACCUUGAGAACAAACUGGCUGAGGCGCAGAACCUGAACGACUCGAUGAAGCAAGAAUUGCAGCGCGUACGAGAUGAUCACGAAACAGAGAUUCAGAGACUCAGAGACGAUAUGGAUGCAGCACAUCAAACAGAACGAAGUGUUGGGCAUGGCGCAUCAGACUCUGAACUUCAGCGGGAAAAUGAUGAGCUUCGACAGGAACUCCGAGAACAACAGCAGGUCACGGACGAGGUUAGAAAAGAGGCACAGGAGUUCUUGCUCGAGAUGCGAGAGCUUUCUCAGCAAAGCGGCACGACACACGAGCGACACGCAGAGCUUGAGAAGAAGAUUGAGAGGCUUGAGCGCGAGGUUCACGAAUGGAAGAACCGUUACGCUGGAGUCAAGACUCAGCUACGACACAUGCGGGCAACCUCUGCUGGUCCUGGUAUUGAACACGACGCGGCCAAGCACGUCCGCGAGCAGGGCUUCGUGGACGAGCGUGGCAUGGUCAAAGAUGUUCAUGUCACCAAAUUCCAAAUCGCGAUUGAUGAGCUUCUGCAAAAGGCUCGAACUGAGGAUCCUGAAAAGGUCGUUGACGCUAUGAAACUCGUCGUCGUUAGCGUGCGCCGCAUUACCAAGGAUAUUCAGGUGCCCCAGACCGAUGAUGAGGAGUUUCUCCAACAGCAGACCAAGUUGAGGUCCAAGGUGUCCUUGACCGCAAACAACUUUAUCACGGCCUCCAAGAACUUCGCGUCCAGCGCUGGGAUGUCCCCAGUUUCUUUGCUCGAUACCGCAGCAUCGCACUUGGCCGCUGCCAUUGUUGAUCUGCUCCGUCUGGUCAAGAUUCGAACGACCCCUGCCGAGGAGCUGGACGAUGACGAUGGAACCGUAACGCCUGCGGAUUCCAGCGCUCUCUUUUCACCGGUUGCUACUGAGCAUCCUGUCAGUAUCCAGGACAGACUGCCGCCUCCCGCUCCCUUUCAAGGUCUGAGUGGUAUGCGAACUAGUAUUGACUCAUCGGCAUAUAGCCCUCUGGGCUCACCUCGCCAGUCCGCUGAGCCAUACUCUCACCAAAGAUCCAUGUCUAAAGCCAGUGCGGUACCAAUCGGCCUCGGGCAACCUAUUGCAAACAACCAAUCCAAUGGACGAGUUGCUCCGCAGCUGGAUCCCCGAGCCGCCGAAGAUCUCAAGCUCUUUCUCGAGGAACAGAAUUCCAUCCUAUCAGCCGAAAUCCAGAGACUUGUAAACACCGUCCGCGGAGAUGCCGACAUGCGCCGGAUUUCCGAAGACAUUGGUUCCAUCAACGGUAUUGUCAGCGAUAUCAUUGCGGAAUCGCAAGCAUGCGGCCUUGGCGAAUCAGCAGCCCAGUUGGCUCAAUGUCGAGAACGCCUACUAGAGUCUGCUGAUCAGGGUCAAGACAUGUCCAACAUGGGCGUGGCGACCAACGCACACGAGUGGCGUAUGUGGGUGCAGACAUUACCACCCAUUGCAUUCGGUCUGGCACGCGAGACCAAGGAUCUUAUCCAACAAGCAGACGACAUGGCCAGACCCGGACGACCUGAUGACUUUUCGUAA